UCUUUCCAAACAUAAAAUCAUGGGUCCAUAUCGCUUUGAUCAAUUAGAGCCUGAGCUUCAGACCAUAGCUUUGGACGACUUUACAUUUCAAAACUGGGCUAAGACAUUUAACUGUAAACCUGAACUAUUAUUUACACCUACAAAUGAAUCACAAGUUCAAAAAGUUAUCUUGUUAGCUAAAAGCUUAAAUAAGCCUCUUAAAGCUUUUGGUAGUGGACACUCACCUUCUGACUUGGCAUGCUCACCGGGCUUCAUGAUCAAUAUUGACAAGAUGGACAGACUCUUGAGUGUUGAUGUCAAAAAAUGCACUGCUACCGUAGAGGCCGGAAUGUCACUUCAUAAGUUGCACAAGGUUUUGAGAGAGAAUGGUCUUGCUCUUAGCAACUUAGGAUCCAUUUCCGAUCAGUCCAUUGCUGGUGUCAUGGCUACUGCUACUCAUGGUACAGGUGCUCAUUUCGGAUGUCUCCCAACCAUGAUUCUCGAUUUGACAUUGAUUACUGCAGACGGUAGUGUUCUUUAUUGUUCUCCUUCAGAAAAUACAGAAAUUUUUGAAGCAGCACGUUGCAGUUUAGGUGCAUUGGGUAUUAUUACACGAAUGACAUUACAAGCCGAACCAGACUUUAGAUUAGAAGCGAUUCAGAAGCCAUACAAGUUCUCAGAUAUUUUAAAUGAUUGGGAUACCGUGAUUCAUUCAGCUGAACAUGCACGUGUUUGGUGGUAUCCUCAUACUGAUGAUUGUGUUGUCUGGAGAGCAAACCGUACAACUAAGCCAGUGUUACGAGAAGGCCCAAGUUUUUUUAUGGAGAAUUGGUAUGGUUUCCAUGCCUAUCAAGCCAUGUUGAAUGUCACACGAUACAGCACCUAUUUAAUUCCUUACUUGACAAAAAUGAUGUUCAAAACUUUACACUCUGCACCUGUUCAUGUGGUGGAUGAAUCAAACAAGGUUUUCAAUUUUGAUUGUCUCUUUCCUCAGUAUGUAAACGAAUGGGCUGUCGAUUGGAAUGAAGCACCUACUGUGCUCCGUAAAUUGGAUAAAUUUAUCAAUGAAAACGACCUGAAGGUUCAUUUCCCCGUCGAAAUUCGAUUUGUGGAUGAAGAUGAUGUGUGGCUAAGUCCUGCUUACGGAAGAAAAACAUGUUAUAUUGGUGUCAUUAUGUACAGACCCUAUGGUAAACCAGUCCCAUAUAAAAAGUACUGGAAGGCGUAUGAGGAUAUCAUGCGUGAGCAUAAUGGCCGUCCCCAUUGGGCUAAAGCUCAUGGUCAAACUAGAAAGGACCUGGAGGCAUCCUAUGAGAAAUUCGGUGAUUAUUUAAAAGUUCGUCAACAAUUGGAUCCUGAAGGCAUGUUCUUAAAUGACUAUUUGAAGCGUCAUGUUGUUGGUACCAAACAAGUUGCUAAACUUUAGCUUUAUUUGUUAAAUAAAAUUUCGUUGUAUUAUUAUUAUUUUUAUUAUUAAUU